UGUCAGGCUGAGACAGCUUCUGAGUAGCGAAGCGCUCCCCGUUGCUGAGGAGCGAGGGUGGGUCUGGAGCUGGGGCCGCGCCUCAGGCAGUGCCACCGCUUGAACUUUGCGUCAGGCUGCCCUUUGGCCGGCUUGAGAAGCCUUAGAGUGGGACUGGUUUGGCGAGCCCUAGUAUGACGUCCCUUUGCCGCUCUCAGUAGGACGUUCACAGGAGAAAGAAUUCAGCAAGCCAUGUGUGGACACCUUAAGCGACUUCGGGUGUGUUCCCUUGGAGAGGCAACAACUGACCCCGCUAACAAGGGCACCUGAAGGAGCGCCGAAGCGCAGUGGGCGCAGUGUGGCCAGCUUGGCUCUCUGGCAGAUUUCCUUCAGUAAGAAGUGGCUGUAGCAGACCCCAGUAAACGAGUGUGGUCUUUUGUUGUGAGGCAUAAUGGCUACAAAAUUGGCUUCUAUAACCCCAAAGCCAAAGCAGUCUUUUGUACUGAGAGUUCCUCCAGACUCCAAGCUGAGCCAAGACCACUUUCCAGAUGCCACGAGUGGGUCCAGGACCAUCCACCAGCUGGUGCUAGAGCACUUCCUUACCUUCUUGCCCAAAGCAAGCCUGGUCCAGCCUAAUCAGAAAGUCAAGGAGACCUUGGUUAUUAUGAAGGACAUGAGUUCAAGCCGUCAGAUCAGAGUGCAACCUCAUUCCUUAGUGAAACUUGUGCCCAGAGAAAGAGUGCAGCAGAAACAGGAAGCAGUGUCACUGUGUUUUAAAGCUGACUGCAAGGAGCUGGUGAUCUUUGAGGAUUUGAAUGUAUUUCACUCCCAAGAAGAAUGUGUAAGCAUGGAUUCUGCUCAGCAACCCACUUCAGAGAAGGAAGAUAACAUUGAUGUUGGGGAGAUGGUGUUACUGGUUAAUGACAGCAGUCCUGCAGGUGAAGAUCUUCAUAAGGAAGAUUGUAGAGAAAAGUCUUCAGAUAGUGAUGGGAUGGACAGUCUCUUGGUUUCUGAGCAACCUCCAGGUUGCCAAGAAGAAAAAGUAAAUACCUCUAUUCCACAGCAAAGGAAAUUGAGAAAUCUUUUAGUUACUAUUAAAAAUGAUACUCCACUGGAGGAACUUUCAAAAUAUGUGGACAUCAAUGUUAUUGCACUUACUCGAAAUCAGAGAACAAGGAGGUGGUAUACUUGUCCACUAUGUGGGAAACAAUUUAAUGAAAGUUCUUACCUUAUUUCCCACCAGAGGACUCACACUGGAGAGAAACCAUAUGACUGUAGCCACUGUGGGAAAAGCUUCAAUCAUAAAACAAACCUCAAUAAACAUGAGCGAAUUCAUACAGGAGAGAAGCCUUAUUCCUGUUCUCAGUGUGGGAAAAACUUUCGUCAGAAUUCUCAUCGAAGUCGUCAUGAAGGAAUCCAUGUAAGAGAGAAGAUAUUUAAGUGUCCAGAAUGUGGGAAAACCUUCCCAAAGAAUGAAGAGCUUGUGCUUCAUCUGCAGAGUCAUGAGGCCAAGAGACCAUAUAGUUGCAGAAACUGUGGAAGAAGAUUUGGUCGACUAUCCAACUGCACCCGGCAUGAGAAAACCCACUCGGCCUGUAAGACCCGAAAGCACAAGUGAGAUUACAGCAGGUCCUACUGCAGCCCAAAAAGUUCUGUAAGGAAUUCUGAAUUCCUAGGCUGCCUAAAAAGAUGAGAAAACCUUACAAGAAUCAAAGUUGAGACGAAUACCCAUGUUGGCUAAAACCUCAAAUUCUUAACAGGUUCCCAGGAAAGGAAACAUCCUCAAGGGCUAUAUAUCUGUUAACAUCCAGGCUUUUGGGAAAAAGAGCUUUUUGAUGAAGUUGUACAACAGCAUAUAAAUUGCAAAUCCAUUUUCCAAGAAGACUUUAAAUGUGAGUUAGGCUUGGGGCUGCUUACCUGCAUUUCUAUUGAAGUAGACCACACACAGGAAUUUACACUUGAGAAAGGAGAAAUGGCACCAAGGUUUUUUAUCUACAACUGUGUUCCUCUCAAAGAACCAAAUUACUGAUUUGUUAGGCCAACAGCUUCUAAUAGCAAUUUAUGUAACCCUCUGAAUGCCCUGAUAAGGUUUGAGUUUUGAAUUGUUUACUUGGGAAUGUAGGAAAACUGCAGCUUUUGAAUGUCAGAGACUUAAUGCUCGUUUGUAUGUAACCUAAAAUACCUUAUCAAUUUGAAUAACAUUUGUAAUUUAUGGUGAAAA